AUGGCAACCCCGAAGCAGGCAGCGAAGAAGGCGUCCAAGAAGCGCAGCGGCGGCCGCUCCGCGAAGGCCGGUCUGAUCUUCCCCGUGGGCCGUGUGGGCUCGCUGCUGCGCCGCGGCCAGUAUGCCCGCCGCAUCGGCGCGUCGGGCGCUGUGUACAUGGCGGCGGUGCUGGAGUACCUGACAGCCGAGCUGCUGGAGCUGUCCGUGAAGGCGGCGAGCCAGCAGGCAAAGAAGCCGAAGCGCCUGACACCCCGCACGGUGACGCUUGCCGUGCGCCACGACGACGACCUCGGCAUGCUCCUGAAGGAUGUGACGCUGUCGC